CUCUUAUCCGCCUGUUGUUCCUAAUUGAAUAAGAUAGCAUACCUCGCCUAUAUUUCCUAUCGUGUUGGAGAUUGUAUGCAUAUUCUUGUGGCUCGUGAUACAUAUAAUUCUAUGAUCCCCCGAUGGAAUGGUGCUGAAGCUACCAGCCGUGGGCAUUGAGUCUCAUUGUAUCCUCGACAAGCUAUAACGGCAACAGUGCCCGAGAAAAUGAACCUGAAACUACCGAACCAAGGAGUCUAUAUCGACCCGGCCCAUAAUCUCUAUAUAGCAGACGCAGAGCCAACGCUUGAGCAUGUGGUCGAUGGUUCGAGCCUACAGGAGGGAGAGGUCACAGUAGCUAUCAAAUACAGUGGGAUUUGUGGGCUAAUAUCCACGAUCAGCUCCGAUGUGCAUUUCUGGAAGCACGGCGGUAUUGGCCCAUGGGUAGUCAAGGAUGCCCAUAUUUUAGGGCACGAAUCUGCGGGCGUCAUCGUGAACAUCCACCCUUCCGUCACCAGUCUUGCAAUUGGAGACCGCGUUGCCAUUGAACCCCAUAUAGUGUGCAAGGAAUGCGAACCAUGUAUCUCAGGGCGGUACAAUGGAUGCAAGAACCUGCUGUUUCGCUCAAGCCCGCCUUCUCAUGGUCUGUUGCGGACUUAUGUGAAUCAUCCAGCUGUAUGGUGUCACAAGAUCGGAUCUCUCACAUAUCAACAAGGUGCAUUGUUGGAGCCGCUCAGUGUUGCCCUCACUUCUGUCACUCGGUCGGGGGUCAAAAUUGGCGAUCCGGUCUUGAUAUGUGGGGCGGGGCCGAUUGGACUGGUGAUGCUCGAUUGCUGUCGGGCUGCUGGAGCAUAUCCCAUUGUUAUCAGUGAUAUCAACCCGGCUCGACUGGAAUUUGCACAGAAGUUCGUUCCCACUGUUCGGACACUGCAGGUUCAGUCCGACGAGGACGAGAAGCAAUUUGCAGCUCGCGUGGUGGAGUUGAUGGGCGGGGCGGAUUCUGAGCCAGCGAUUGCCCUGGAAUGUACCGGAAUUCAGAGUUCAAUCGCAGGCGCCAUUCAAAGCGUCAAGUUCGGCGGUAAAGUGUUUGUUGUUGGAGUCGGCAAAAACCAGCUACAGUUUCCAUUCAUGCGUUUGAGCGAGCGGGAAAUUGACCUGCAGUUUCAACAGCGAUAUGUCAACAUGUGGCCACGAGCUGUCCGGGUCAUGUCAAGCGGGAUGAUUGAUUUGAGCAGACUGAUUACACACGAGUUUGCCUUCAAGGACGCGCCCAAGGCAUUUGAGACGGCCUCGGACCCGAAUAGUGGCUCCAUCAAAGUGUUGAUCCGGGGGCCAGAUGAAUGA